CACUACGCAACUAAAUGCCUUGCAAUUGUCAACAUUGUUUUUUUUACUGAUAAAGUGUGACACUAAAAUCAGCUGACGUAGAAAUUUUUUUUUAAUAAUUAAAUAAGAACUAAAAGACGAUUUUUUAAGAAUUACUAUAGAUUGUGCAAACUUCCUACAUGUCAAAAUUUUCAAAUAAUUUUUUUUAAUAAAAAAUAAUUAUAAAAACUGUCAAAAGUCAGCUAAUAUUUUUUAAAGAAGAUAUAAAAUGGAUCCUGAAUUUAAUCCAACAACAGAUGGCAACGCACUGAUGUAUCAAGCCAUCGAAGAAGACAAAUUAGAAGAUAUUAAAUUGUUAUUAGAAAAUGGAAUGAAUGUAAAUGAACCGAUAAUAACAACUGGAGAAUUUGCUGGAUUCACAGCAUUGCAUGUUGCAUGCAUGAAAAAUAAAGAUCACUUGGUGGAGUUACUAGUUAAUGAUUAUAAAGCAGAUGUCAAUGCAAUGGGUGCUGACGGAACUCAACCUAUUCUUUUGGCUUGUUUUUAUGAACCACUAGACGAAUCAAUCGAAUAUCGUAACAAACGAAAAAUAGGCAGUAAAAUAAAAACAUUGGUGAAAGCUAAUGCAAAUGUUGAUGCCGAAUUUGGACAAGAAAUUUUUUCAAAGCACGUCAAAGACAGAAAAUGGUGUCCCGAUUUUGGUGACAAAAUGCCACUAGUUGCAUAUACUAUUAUUUAUCAUAAACCAUCAAUAAUUUAUCAUCUCAAAAAAGUCAACUUAGACAUUAUAAGCCUUACAAAUAAAACAUUGCUAAUGUACGCUGUUGAAAACGAAUGUUAUCAUUAUAUUCCAGUCAUUAUGUCAAAUGUUAAAGAUCCUCAAUUGACAGAUAAGUUGAUAAAUCACCGCGAUAAUGAUGAUGUACCGCUAACUCAUUAUCCACUCCAUCCUAAAAUAUAUGGAAAAUUUCGAUAUCAUGAAAUGACGACGAUCUGUGAUCUUUUGAGCCCAAUAUUUAUUCGAGACUUAUCAAAUUGGGGGGCUGACAUGUAUGCACUGAUAAACAAUGACCCAGCAACAUUUUUGCCCAAUCUAUCAGCUUACAAAAGUUGUCCAUUGCUACUAGAUUAUUCUUUGCCUUAUUAUACUUCUAUGACCUUAUCAAGGGUUUUAUACUACGCCAUGCUUCCUGUAGAUGAAAGGCCUGAGCAUUCAGUACGUUACGAGUCAGAAGUUCAGCGAAAUGAUUAUCUAGCACGAAUCCGAGAAAAUCGAGAAGAGUGUAUAGCUAUUGCUCUAAAAGAUCUGGUCUUUAGGGUUGCAUUCAGAUUACCUGUUCCAGAAGAAGAAAUAAAAUUGAUGGAUGAAUUAAUUGCCAGCAACGGAAAAAUCAGAGAGAUUGUUAAUGACUACAAAAUAAAUUUCAUUGAAUUUGCCUUAUUAAAGGACUCAUUUAUUGAUUUUGGUGAUAAUAAAAUGUCAAUUUAUGAUUUUUUAAUGCAAGUUUUUGACUACAAAAAAUUAAAAUUUUUGGCGCGGAAAGAUAAUUUACUGCAUGCCCUGGAACAAGCUUUUAGCCUGACUUUUGAUGAUUAUUCUUUCUUUGAGACCUAUUAUUAUCCAAUUAAAAAAUGGUUAGAAGAAGCUAUGGAAAGAUUACGACUUCUCGAAAAUUUGAAGAAAAUUUCAUCACUUAGAAAAGCUAUACCGUUACCGUUUGAAGUGGUAUUAGAAAUUGUUGGGUAUCUAAACAACCAACACUUUAACGUAUUUAUAAAAUCAUUCUAUACUUCGUAAUUUUAUAUUGAAGCCAGUUUUAGUUUUUUAGUUUUAAAAAGAAAACUUAUUUUUCAAUUAUUAACAAUUCACACAUUUAAGUAAUAAUCUAAUUCAUUCAAUUAGCGAUAUAGUUUAAUUCAAAUCAGUCUUAAUUUAGUGACUCAAACAAUGUUUUUUCUUUAUUCGUCUUGAUUAAAUCUUAUUGUCUAAAUCUUAUUACAACAUCUGAAUUUUAUCUUAUUAAUCGAAUUUAAAAAUCAAUUACCCUGUUAACAUUAAUCUUGUACCUUUUCCAUAGUUUUAUACUAUUAUAAAGAAACAUUGUAAUAAUAUUAUGUAUAAUUAUAAUCAUACACAUUUAUUUUGUAGCUUUAAGUACCUUGCUAUUCGGCCUGUGCCUUGGAUUCUAUUAUCAAUAAAUAAAAAUAAAUAUAAUAAAUUUUCUUGUAA